AUGGAAUGCGUUCGAAAUCGUAUUUCCAUGGAAUUGGUUUCGUUUCCACGUCGAAUGCGGAAACUAAUCAACAGGCCCACGUUCAAACACGUAACCUCGUACAAUGAGAAUCUGGCAGCCGUAUCAUUGCAAAAGAGGGACGUGCAUUUCUCCAAACCUAUUUAUAUAGGAUUCGCCGUCCUGGAAAUAAGCAAGGAGUUAAUGUACGACUAUCAUUACAAUGUGAUGCGGCGACAUUAUAACGACUCGAUUAGACUAAUGUAUAUGGAUACAGAUUCCCUGGUGUAUCGAGUGAACACAGACGAUUUCUACAAGGACCUGGUGGACAACCCCACGCUCCUCGAACGGAUGGACACCUCGAACCUCCCCGUCACACAUGCCUGCUACGUCGGUACGCGUAAGAAAAUACCGGGGUUGUUCAAGGAUGAAACAGCCGGGCGUACUAUGUACGAGUUCAUUGCACUCCGCGCGAAAUCUUACGCGUACAAAAUCGAUGGGGAUGAGAAACUCAUGGCCAAUGGUAUUCGUGGGCAUGUGGUUCGCAAUCACAUGACGUUCGAAGACCACAAGCGCUGUCUGUUUGAGGACGAGAGCACUGGUGUGUAUAGAGAAAAUGCAUCAAUCCGAUCGUUCAAACACUGUGUUAAAACGAUUAAGACCAUGAAAAUAACUCUUAAUCGUUUCGACGACAAACGUGUUGUUUGCGAUGAUCGAGUACGAACGCGCGCGUACGGUCAUUACGCGCUACGCGAGUGA